AUGGAGUCAGCUGAUGCAACGUUAGCUUUUGCACCUGUGCGUCAGGAUCGCGCUCUUGGAUGCCCAUCGAGCAGCAGCGCGCAUCCAUCGUUCCGCUACACCGGUCAGUCGGAGAAUCAGGAUUCCGAUGACGAGCCCCCCGUGCGGCGCGGGAAGCGGGCCAACAAGAAGAAUCUGGCCAGCGCCGUCAUUCCCCAGGAAACCAUCGGCAACGCCAAACCCAAUCGCAAGCGCACAGUGGCCAACAGCGUGGAAUCGCCCACGACGUCCUCGGCCGGUGAUCAGAACGAUCAGGACAAUGUUUCAAAGUUCGCAGCAUUGAUGGCACGUAUUCCGCGCCUGGUAGCACAGAUGAAGAGUACAGUCCAGCUGGUGGACGACUGGAAGGAUCGGCUACUGGAAGUCCUGGAGGAGGAAACCAAACGGAAACCCAACGCGGCGUCACUAGAAAUCAUUUGUAAUAUGCUGGAUAAGAAAGUGUACUCGUUCGUGGAGUGGGCGCGCGAUUCCUCUUUCUUUGAUUCCUUGGAUUAUGAAGACCAGAAGAAACUGCUGCAGUUCGGCUGGAAUUUGUACCUCAUGUUCGACAUCAUCUACCACUUGUCACAAAAUGUUAUGAACGAGUUCCAACACCUGUCCGGAGGAUCGACGAUCAAAAUGACGGAAAUUGCGGCGCUGGGACAUCCGGCCAACUGCGCGUCCAUUCAGCGGAUGGUGGAGUUAGUACGGGAAUUGGCUAUAAAUCGCGCCGACUUCCUUAACAUCAAGAUGAUUUUAUUAUUGAAUCCAUUUGUUCCUGGGUUGGUGAAGCAGCGUCCCAUCAAAUGGGCAUACGAACGGUGCCAAGAGGAGCUGAAGAACGAUUCCAUGAAAACGCAGGCGGGAAUCACGGGUCGAUUCGGUCGUUUCAUGUCCCUGGUGACGGAUAUGCGGAAAUUUGCGGACGAAGGCGAACACUACCUGUACACCAAGGCCGGCCAGGAUGGCUAUCCAGGCCCGCCAGGAUGGUUUUUAUUGGGUGUUACUGUGUAUGCGCAAUAG